AAGUUCAAAUUCACAAUUUCCAGGUAGGAGGAACUGCAUGCUCUCAUUACAAUUUUAAGUAGGCCAGCGCAGCAGCGCUUGUGAGUUAUCAAGAAGCUAGGCUCUUGAUGGUUUCCCCGGAUUCAGAAAUGGCAGCAUCUCAAGGCGGCGAGGUAGAAUCAACAUUGCAAUUGCAACCUCCCGAGAAUCAUCAUCUUCACAGCAACAACAACCACAACAACAAUAAUGGGUUGCCCACGUCAUCCCUCGGCAGACAGUCGUCUAUCUACUCCCUCACACUUGACGAGUUCCAGCACACCCUUUGCGAGAGCGGGAGACACUUCGGGUCCAUGAACAUGGACGAGUUCCUUACUAGCAUCUGGACUGCCGAGGAGAACCAUGCCCAUGUCCCAGCAGUGACCCACAAUUUUGUCAUGGGCCACGACCAUGCUAAUCAUAACAACAACAGCAAUGGCAACAAUCUUCCGAGGAUGCAGCCAGCAAGCUUGACAAGACAAGGAUCGCUCUCGCUGCCAGAGCCGUUGUGCCGGAAAACGGUCGAUGAAGUUUGGGCCGAGAUUCGUAAAAACCAUCAAAUGCCACCAGGUGGCAGCGGCGGAGGGGAUGGAGAGUUUCAUAGUAAUACUAAUGAUUUAAAUAAUAACAAUAAUAAUCUUGUUGUGACGGCGGCGGUGGCAGCGACCCAUGAAAGACAGGUUACAUUUGGAGAAAUGACACUGGAGGAUUUCUUGGUCCGGGCGGGUGUGGUUCGGGAGCAGGCGGAGAUUCCUGCCCCGUCCACGUCAUUAGUGCAACACCACCAGCAACAACAACAACAAUAUUCGAUGACAUACCAAAACAACAACAAUGAUAGCACAGUCAUGAACCCCGCCACUUAUGUGGCGGGAAGAGCCGUGAUGGGCUUGGGCGGCAGCGGAGGUGGGGUAGGAGUGCCUGCACCUUACCACCAGGCGCUUCCACAACAACCUCCGCCGCUGUCCGCUGUUUAUGGCGGGAGAAUGGGGAACGGAAGUGGGGGUGGGGCCGUGUACGGGCAUGUAGUAGGUGGUCUAGGAUCGUCGCAGGCGAGUCCGGCGUCCCCUGAUGAGCAUCAUCAAGGUGGGGAUGGAGGAAACACGUACGGGUUAGAAGAGGGUGCCGGGAUGAGAGGGGGAGGGCGGAAGCGGAUCACAGAUGGACCGGUGGAGGUGGUGGUGGAGCGUAGGCAGAGGAGGAUGAUCAAGAAUAGAGAAUCCGCUGCAAGAUCCCGAGCCAGGAAGCAGGCUUACACAGUUGAGCUUGAAGCUGAGCUGAAUCAGUUGAAAGAAGAAAAUUCUAAUCUCAAACGAGCAUUGGAAGAGAUGGAGAGGAAAAGAAAAGAGGAAGAGCGUGUUGAGGAAGUGAAAUCAACAACGUCAUACCGAAACGCCGGCGCUGCCGAGAAAAUGAUAAUGAUGAAGAGGAGCAUGAGCUGCGGCGCUGCCCUUCUUUAAUUUCUUGAUGCCAUUUAUGAAUGAAUGAACGAAGUUGCAACAUUAUUAGUUUCAUUUGUUACCACUGCUCCUUUGCAGCAUCCAAUUUUGUGAAAACUUAUUAGUUUACUUAACCCUACCAUGUUGCACGCAUUCUUGAAACAAUUGCCCCUUCUCGUCUGCCCCUGUUUGGGUACUUGGCGACGUUUCGUUGCUCAAAUUAUUUGUGUACUUUGUCGGUCAUGUUUGCAUCAACUAUUGUCUUGUGGAGGCUAGAAUUUCUUGAGUUUCACAAAUAUACCAUCAAUGGCAGUUCCUGCACUAUAUAUAGCACCUCUUUGAAUCCACAUUUAGGCUGAUUCACUUUGCAUUCCAAUUCCGUUUCCUCCGCAUUUUUAUUUCGAGAAUGGUUCAAAUAAAAAAAAUGAUCUAAGCCGAAUACCAUUGGGAAGG